UUGUCUUGUUGCCGUGUGUGGACUUUUUUCUCACUGUUGGCCAACCAAGUCUUUGUUCUUGACUUGCAGCUGAGGAGGCUACUUUGGGCUCUGAGUUUUCUCAAAAAUGAUCAAAGACUGAACCUUUAUUUGGUACUUGGUGAGUUCAGCUUGCCAGAAGUCAAUCCUUGCAUUCAGUUCACAAGCACAAAGAAUCUGUAUUGACGGUACCCUGGCUUGUUGAUGACCAUGAGGUGUUUUCUAUUCCACAAUGAUGAAAAGGAUGAAGAACCAAAGAUAGUGAAGUCAACUCCUGUCCUCUCAUCCUGUUCUGGCUUUUCUGAUCAUGAUGUGAGGCAGUCUAAUCUUGAAUCUAGCUCUCAAAAUGCGUCAGAUACUAGUACAGAGUCCAGGGGAAGGACUCAAUUUCCAAGUAUGAGUGAGAGGCCAUCCAAUCUAAGGGAUUUUUCAUUCUCAGAAUUGAAAUCAGCAACGAAAAAUUUUAACCGUUCAACCAAGAUUGGGGAGGGAGGAUUUGGGUCAGUGUAUAAGGCAACAAUCAAGAAUUCUGAAGAUCCAGCUAGUAGAGUUGAUGUGGCUGUAAAACAACUUAGUAGAAGAGGACUGCAGGGACACAGAGAAUGGGUCACAGAAGUGAAUGUCCUUGGCGUGGUUGAACAUGAAAAUCUUGUGAAACUAGUUGGGUACUGUGCAGAGGAUGAUGAGAGGGGAAUCCAGCGGCUUCUUGUGUAUGAAUAUAUGCCUAACAGAAGUGUGGAAAACCAUUUGUCAGCUAGAUCAGAAACACCUCUCUCCUGGGCAAUGAGGUUGAAAAUAGCUAAAGAUGCUGCUUGUGGCUUAGCAUAUCUACAUGAAGGAAUGGAUUUUCAGAUUAUUUUCAGAGAUUUCAAAUCUUCAAAUAUUCUCUUAGAUGAGCAAUGGAAUGCAAAGCUCUCGGACUUUGGGUUAGCUAGGCUCGGCCCUCAAGAAGGACUGACUCAUGUCUCAACUGCAGUAGUUGGUACUAUGGGAUAUGCUUCUCCUGAAUAUGUUCAAACUGGUCGGCUCACAUCCAAGAAUGAUGUGUGGAGCUAUGGAGUCUUUCUUUAUGAACUCAUCACAGGAAGACAACCAUUGGAUAGGAAUCGCCCCAGGAGUGAGCAGAAACUCUUAGAAUGGGUAAAGCCACAUCUGUCAGAUUCCAAGAAGUUUCGACAGAUCAUAGACCCUAGGCUUGACGGUAAUAUCUUAAAGUCUGCCCACAAGCUCUCUCUCGUUGCAAACCGCUGCUUGGUCAGACACCCCAAGACACGACCAAAGAUGAGUGAGGUUCUAGACAUGGUAAACAAGGUUUUAGAAGCAUCAACUGGAAUGGGGGAUCCUCGUCCAUCUAUAGUUCAUUCGGACCCAAUUUCAACAAAAGAUGAAGUUGAUAGAAAAGGCAAACGAAGGAUAACUGAUAUGAAAGUUGGAGAUGGUAGCUGGUUAGUUCGAAUUUGGUCUUUAAAACAGCUGAAAACCUGCUGACUGCCGCAUUUACAUGACAGAAAAAGAACUUACAGAAGAAUCUUUUAGGAUAACAUGAAGAAUUGUGUUCUAGCCAUAGUCAUAAUUGUUGUUUGCUGCUCUCUGUAAAUGGGUUUCAGUUUUCCAUUGCUUUCUACAAGCAAGAAGUAUUGUUUGAGAUGACAAAAUUAAAGUUGUUAACAAAUCUGCAUUUGUGUUGUUUCUUUGUAUAAUGAACUGCAUUGUAAGUAAAUCUUGAAAGGCAAAUUUGGCAGUCUGAAAUGUAUUCAUGUUGGUGAUUUUAUCCA